UUUUUUUUGUUGUUUUAAUAAAUAAUAAAAUAAAAAACACAAACCUAGUAUCCCUUACUCAUCUCUCACAAUUCACUCAAACCCUCAUUUCUCACCCCUCACACUCACUCCUUGCUGCGUUUUUCCUUCUCCAUACACCAUCUCCAUUUUCGUUUUUUUUGAAAGCAAAGCAAAAACAUGUCUUCAGAGUCUCAAGAACCGCCGCUCUCGUCAGAAGCGCAAAGCAAAAAGGCCGCUAAGAAGGAAGCCGCAAAGCAGGAGAAGCUCCGCCGCAAACAAGAGCUUGCCGCCGCCACCGCCGCCGCAUCAAAUCUCUCGGUCGAAGAUGACCCCCUUGCCGUCAAUUACGGCUUUGUCCCGCUCAUUGAGAUCCAGUCAAAGACCCCUGUUGAUGUCAACGAAUGGACCCGAGUUGAAGCUCUUGAUGAUUCAGUAGCCAACAAACCGGUCAAAAUCCGGGGGAGGGCACAAACUAUUCGACCAGUGGGGAAGAAGAUGGCGUUCUUGGUCAUCAGAGAAAAUGGUUUCACUGUACAGUGUUUGGUUCAGGCACAACCUGAGGCAGUGAGUCCGCAGAUGGUGAAAUUUGCUGCCGCACUCAGCCGUGAGUCUAUUGUUGAUGUCGAAGGUGUGAUUUCCAUUCCGGCUGCUCCUAUCAAAGGUGCCACACAACAGGUUGAAAUUCAAGUGAGCAAACUGUAUUGUGUGAGUAAGGCCGUUCCUACUCUGCCGAUUAAUCUUGAGGAUGCUGCCCGAAGUGAAGUUGAAAUCGAGAAGGCCAUUCAGGCUGGUGAACAACUUGUUCGUGUGAAUCAGGAUACACGAUUGAACUUUAGAGUACUUGACCUACGAACACCAGCUAAUCAAGGAAUUUUCCGUAUUCAGUCUCAAGUUGGAAAUGCGUUCCGACAAUUUUUAUUAGCUGAAAGUUUUGUUGAAAUCCACACUCCAAAGUUGAUUGCUGGAUCUAGUGAGGGUGGAGCUGCUGUCUUUAGACUGGACUACAAAGGGCAACCUGCAUGCUUGGCUCAGUCACCUCAGCUUCACAAGCAAAUGUCAAUCUGUGCUGACUUUGGCCGUGUUUUUGAGAUUGGUCCUGUGUUUAGAGCAGAGGACUCCUUUACUCACAGACAUCUGUGCGAGUUUACAGGGCUUGAUGUUGAAAUGGAGAUUAAAAAGCAUUAUUUUGAGGUUAUGGAUGUAGUUGACAGAUUGUUCGUCACAUUGUUUGACAGUUUGAACACAAAUUGUAAGAAGGAUCUCGAAGCUGUGGCGAAUCAGUAUCCAUUUGAACCUUUAAAGUAUCUGAGAAAUACUCUGCGGCUUACAUAUGAAGAAGGUAUUCAGAUGCUCAAGGAAGUUGGAGUUGAAAUCGAACCUUUUGGUGAUUUGAACACUGAAGCCGAAAGGAAACUAGGCCAACUAGUUUUAGAAAAGUAUGGAACAGAGUUCUAUAUUCUUCACCGGUAUCCUUUGGCUGUAAGGCCAUUUUAUACAAUGCCUUGCUAUGACAAUUCAAAUUACAGCAACUCGUUUGAUGUCUUUAUUCGUGGUGAGGAGAUAAUUUCAGGAGCUCAGCGUGUUCACGUGCCUGAAUUUUUGGAACAACGUGCCCAGGCUUGCGGUAUUGAGGUCAAAACAAUAUCUACUUACAUCGAUUCUUUCAGAUAUGGUGCACCACCACAUGGUGGUUUUGGAGUAGGAUUGGAGCGUGUAGUAAUGCUCUUCUGUGGCCUGAAUAACAUUCGCAAAACAUCGCUUUAUCCACGCGACCCACUCAGGAUUGCACCGUGAUGAUAUUAUUAGUGUUUGUUUUUGAGCUGAAAAUAAUGUGAUCUCGUUCAUUGGAAGCUUGAAGGCGGAGGUUUCGCGCCAAUCAUGAUGUGAAAAUACUGUUUCUAAUCAUACUAUCAACAGUGGUGCAGAUGUCAAGUCUUUUCUAUUUUCACUGGCAAUCUUGAUAUUAAACAUUUUGUACGAAAUAUUUCUGAUGUUUGACAUGGUGUUGUAGCCAUUUUGAUGCUACACCUCACUUUCAAAAGGUCUACUUUUCGUCUAAUCAGUAUCCAGGAGAUUCAGUGAUAAAUUUAAUCUUUCUUAAUGAACUUCUGUAUGAAUGCUGAUAGAUUGUUUUGA